AUGGCACAAAGAAGGAAAAUCUGGAGAGCACUAUCCUUUAAGUCAAUCCAUCGAGUAUUAACAACACACCAUGUACAAAAUAUUUAUGACCAAAAUGAAUAUUUUCCCAAUAGAAGGAAACCAAUCAUUCUUAGACCUCACUUGAUAUAUUCGACUUUGUUGAAUUGUCCUUUUGAUUUGAUUGCUUUCAGUUUUUUCCUUUGGUGUGCAAAAGAACAUAAUUAUUUUCAUGAUAGUCAAUCAAUUGGUCACAUGAUUAGCGUGGUUGCUCGUUUAAUUGAACAAUAUAGGACUAUUAGAGGACUUGUUACUGCAUUACAGAAUAUUGGGUGUGUAACAAAGGCUUAGACUUUCAUGCUUUUGUUGAGGAUUUAUUGGCGUGGAGGAAUGCAUGAGCAGGUUUUUGAGACUUUUGAGGAAAUGGAUAAAUUUGGUUUUAUGCCCAAUACAUUUGCACGUAAUGUUAUUAUGGAUGUAUUGUUCAAGGUUGGGCAUGUUGAUCUGGGUAUUAAGGUUUUGAAAGAGACCCAGGCAUCAAAUUUCUUGAGUUUUAAUAUUGCACUGUGUAAUUUAUAUAAGUAUAAUGAUAUAGCUAAGGUGCAGGAUGUUAUUAGGAUUAUGUUGAGGAAGGGGUUUUAUCCUAAUGUUCAGACAUUUGAGAAGGUUUUAAAUUGUUUCUACGAGAAGGGUAUGAUGGUGCAGGUGUAUCAGGUGUUGGGUCUCAUUCUUACAUUGGGAAUUUCUUUACCUGUGAAUGUUUGGAGUGCACUAAUUGAUGGGUUUUGUCGUUUGAGCAGACUUGAUAUGGCAGGUUAUUUAUCAGAGAAAAUGGUUGAGACUGGUUGUUCUCUUAAUGUUGUAACAUAUACAUCUUUGAUUAAGGGAUACAUGGAAUCCAAAAUGGUUAGUAAUGCAUUUGGUAUUUUAAAUACUAUGGAAUCUAAAGGACAUGCCCCUGACUCGGUUUUUUACAAUGUAUUAAUAGAUUGCUUAUCAAAGAUUGGGAAGUUUGAUGAU